UGAUUAGUUUUUAUAUCCCAUUUCUGACCCUGUUUUGUUGAGUUGAUGGGUUAUCGGCUGUUAUAGAAGUUGAAGAUCUAGAAUAUUUUCCAUUAUUAUAUGAUUUAUAGCGCUGCUCACAGUUCUCCUCAGCACUGUAUUGGAAACCUCAGUAGUGAAGUUGGACAUGAGAAGCCCAACUAACCUGUUCCUGAGGUUUGGAUUAAAGAGAAGGGUAUACGUCUUCACCCUUCUCUUGGCUGCGUUUGCAACUCUACUCAGUAUAGCCACGCUAUGCAAAUUCUAUUCUCAGGGAUCUCUUUUUGUCACCAAUACCUUUGGUGACCAUGUAUUGGCUGAUGAUAGGGUAGCCGAAGUAGAGAUGGACAAGAUCAUGGAUAGCAUCAUCAGAAAGAUCGUCAAAGAGAUGGAACAGCUGAAAGAGCUAGCAGCAAAUUCAGAGGAGGAUCAAUCUGAAUGGAAGAAUGAGAGACUCAGAUAUAGUUCUUUCCUUGCUGAUAUCUUGGGAAAACUGGCAUCCGUCAAGGUGCUCCUCCCUCGCAUCGAAGCCAAUGUUCGACGGCAAGAAACUGAGACAGGGAUGGCUCAUCCAUUGUCAACAAGCAGCCAGCCAUACGAUAAAGUCAUCGAGCACUUCCUGGUGGAAGAGAUACGAAAGUAUAUUAGAAUUAAGCCCAACAGGCUGGGGAGACGGAACUUUUUUGGAGCCAAUGGAACAUUCACAAGCAUCGGACAUGCCUGUUUCUCCAUGAAGGAAGAGCUGGAAGAGUACAUGGACUACGAUGUGGGGGACUUGUGCAAGGAUGACUGGAAGCAGGCUCAGAGGCUAAUGGUUCAUGGUUGCGAUCCACUUCCGAGAAGGAGGUGCUUUGCGAGGGCCCCGAAGCUAUACACAAAGCCUCUCCCCAUCAACGAGUCCAUGUGGAAGCUCCCGGACGACCAGAACGUCCGGUGGAGCCACUACAGAUGCAGCACUUUUGCUUGCCUUGCGAAGAACAGCACCGGAAAGGGCUUCUUCAAGUGUGCAGAUUGCUUCAAUCUCACCCACCAUGAAAUGCCCAGAUGGAUGAAAGCAGUCUACGUCGACCCAGCUUCGAAUUUGACUGCGGAUUUCCUUAUAGAAGAGGUUCUGCAGAUCAAGCCAGGGGAGAUGAGGAUUGGACUGGAUUUCAGCGUCGGCACCGGGACUUUUGCUGCGAGGAUGAGAGAGUUUGAUGUGACGAUAGUAUCGGCAAUGAUCAAUCUAGGGGCUCCUUUCAAUGAGAUGAUUGCACUCAGAGGACUUCUGCCUCUGUACUUGACUGUAAACCAGAGGCUUCCCUUCUUUGAUAACACACUUGACAUCAUCCAUACUACAAGAUUCCUUGACGGCUGGAUCGAUUUCAUACUCUUGGACUUUGUUCUGUAUGACUGGGAUAGGGUUCUGAGGCCUGGUGGUCUACUAUGGAUUGAUAGCUUCUUCUGUCAGGAGGAGGAUCUGGAUGAUUACUUGCAUGCAUUUGGUAUGCUGAGGUACAAGAAGCACAAGUGGGUUGUGGUGCCAAAGCUGGAUAAAGACGAUCAAGAAGUAUUCUUUUCUGCAGUGCUGGAAAAACCACCCAGGCCUUUUUGA